AUGUUAAAAAGUAAAUCAAUCAUUUCCAACUCUCUCAAAGUACAACAACAACACCACACCACGACCAUCAAAUUAUUAGCCAUUAAUUACAAUGACAAGAAGAAUUAUAUAUAUCCUAGCUGUUCGGGAAAACAUUUUCACAUGACCACAUUCAAUCCUGUUCAACAAACAAAUAAUUAUUUAACAAAUGUAUUGAAGGAAUGUGCUGGAUUGAAUCGGAAGGAAUUGGAUUUGUUUGAACAAUUAGGUUUGGAUGAGAGUGAUAUGGAGGAAUUACAGGUACAAAUUUCGGAAACUAGUUAUCAAGCUGCUAUGGAAAGAUUCAACAGAAUUGUGAAUAACAAGUGUGUUUUUAUUGAGAGGGAUGAAAGUAUUGAUUUGAGCAAGUUUUCAAUCAAGUUGGUAGAGUUUGCUGCCUCAAAGGUAAAAACUCCAAUUAAAAGGGAUUUGUCAAGUAGUUCUAUUAUUCAUCAAGAAAAGCAAGUCAAGGAAGAAAUAAUUAAACAAGUUAUCAAAGAGGAAGAAACAGUUGUGACUCCUGCUGCUACAGCAACUCCUACUCAACACAAAGAAUCGAUUAUUAAUAUUGAAACAAUUCAAAAGGAAGUAACAACACCAAUUUCAAAUGAAGAACCAUCUUCCAUUUCUGCACUAGUUCAAGAAGAGGCAAAACCAGAGGAAGAAGAUGAAGAAAGUAGAGAAAAAUCCCAAUUUCAACUUCCAACUGAAAGUUAUUCAAAUUGGGAUAAGGAAAUAACCCUUUAUGUAAUGAAAGGAGUAAUAAGGAAAGGAGGAGCUGGUAUGAAAGUCAAACAAAUUCAAUGCUUGCAACGAUUUGAAAUUAAUGGACGUGUUUUGGAAAGUGUAAGAUUAGCUCUUGAAAAGGAAUCAAAACAAGUGGUGUGUGAAAAAUUAAUUCGUCAACUUGCCAUUCCAAAUUACAAACCAACUCCAAGUAUUGUUUCUAAAAUUGUAGAAUGGGUUGAAAAUCGAAAAUAA